UUAGCCCAAAAGACGACAAAUUGCAAAAUGCACUUUGGAUCUGCAAACACCCCAGCGAGCCGCGACAGAAGAAUCAGAAGAAAAGCCGCGACGCGACCAAUUGAUUCGAUUCUUAUUAGCGACCAAAAUGCCCGCCAAACUUAAGCCACCCCUCUCUCCGGACACCGUCUGCGUAAUCGGCUUUUUCUAGGAAUUACUGAAUUAGGAUGAAGGAUGGAAUAGAUCGAUCGAACAAAUACGGUAGAGUAGGAGUACCAGAGGAAUAGUUGAUGAUGAUGGACUGUGCAAGUAACGAUAUACAGGAGGAGGAGGAGGAGGAGCGUCUGAAGGUGAGGGAGUUGGUGAGGAGAGAAGUAGAAGACUGGGACGACCCAGUGAAGGCGGUGGCGCGGUUCAAGGGGUUCAGCGGCCAAAGGUCCGACUGGGAAGGCCGCUAUCUCUUCUGGAGGGACCUUAUCAUCAAAGUGGCUCGACAUCUGGGGACCUUCAUCAUACGUCCUUCCCGCCUCAACAACAUUUGGUUCCGUCGGGAAGGAGCCUUGUCCCCCUUGUGCCUCCACCAAGUCCUUUUUGAGAUGCAUAAUGCUGGUGAGUUGUUGCGGGAUUCUGAUCUUACGGACCCAACAAGGACAUCGACGAGUCCAAGCGCCAGGCUUUCCCUCAUCUUAAGGAAAGCAAUACAUACCCUGGGCUUCUCUACACCCGCCCAGCCAUCUGAUUUCUCUGAAGAUUGUUACUGCAUACUUUCAACCCUGUUGGAGGAAAGAGCUCUUCAAGUUGUCCAACUUCUUUCUGAAAACCACUGGACAUCUUCUUGUGUCAUCACGCUGACCAAGUUCCAGGAAACUUGUGGAGGACCGAAGGAAGCAUCUGCUGUCUUGAGUUACUUGUCAGGCUGUGGGAAAGCUAAAUACCUUGUGGUCAGGAAGAAGGAUGUUAUGGAGGGAGUGAAAGUCUCUCUUUCUUCAGGAGAAGUUUCUGAGGUCACUAGUCUGGAUUAUCAUGUUUUGCACUUAAUGUGGACAGUUGACAAGCUUGAGCAACAGCUUGAAGUGAUUGACCAACGCUGUCGAAAGUCUAAAAGUUCAGCCGUGGGUUGUCUAAAAUCUGGGAAUAGGAGAAUUGCCCUGAGGCAUGCAAGGGAACUGAAGUUGGCAUUUCAAAGUAGAGAAAAAUGUACACUACUUCUGAACCGUGUGGAGGAAGUCCUUAGAGUAAUUGCAGAUGCUGAGUCCUCAAGAAAGGUGUCUGAAGCAAUGAAAGUUGGUGCAGAAGCAAUGAGAGAAAAUAAGAUUAGCAUUGAAGAAGUUGACUUAUGUCUAGAGGAUCUGGAUACAAGCAUUAGUUCAAUAAAUCAAGUGGAUGAACUUCUAGUAUCAGCGCCACUUAGUGCAGUUCUUGAGGAUGAAGACAUUGACGAUGAGUUAAAGAUUCUAGAGCUAGAAAUUGGAGAAGACUCGAAUCGUGCAUCCAUCAGCAAAAAUGGUGUUGAUAGUAUGGCGGGUGUUGCUGAGGAAUCGGAGACUGUUGAUUCACUGUCUGAUGCUCUAUCAAAUCUGAACUUUAAGGGUAGCGCAGCUACUAAAGCAGUCAGAAAACGUCUUUCCCCGUCAAGUACUGAAGUCUUGAGUGUGUAGCUUUCUUGAAUCCUGUAAGCAAACAUCAAGCAGUUCUUUGACCUGGAGUCCCCAGCCUUUGAUUGAA